UGGGCCCUAUGACUCUGGGCCUGCGGGGGUCAGCGCUGCCCCUUGUACCUUGGUCCCUUAACGGGGCACCAGCUGAGCUUGAAGGUCGCGGUAGUUCCCAGCUUUGCGUUCGCUUCCCCUCGCAGAGCUGGGGACUGUCCCAGCUGGGCCGGUGCAUGGGGGAGAGGUGGGGGGGUUAUGGGGAACCGGAGAGGCAGGACAUGGGGUUCAGUAGUGUGGGCAGCAGGCCCAGGGCAGUGACCGUCCCUGUGCUGGGCACUGGGGAGCCCAAACCUCAGUUGCAGGAGUCAGUUUUGGGCCCCUCAUGACAAGAAAGCCCUUGAGGGGCUGGAGCACAAGUGUGAUGGGAGCAGCUGAGGGACCUGGGGGUUAACAAGUGAUACAACAAAACAGCCUCAAGUUGCGCCAGGGGAGGUUGAGGUUGGAUCUGGGAACAAUUCCUUCCCCAAAGGGCUGUGGGGCAUUGGAACAGGCUGCCCAGGGCAGUGCUGGAGUCACCAGCCCUGGAGGGCUGGACAGACGGACAUGAGGUUCUCGGUGACAAGAUUCAGUGCCAGGGUGGGAUAAUGGUUGGACUCUGAUCGUAAAGGUCUUUUCCAACCAGAAUGAUUCUGUGAUUCCAGUCUCUGCGCCUUUAGCUUGGUCUCUGUGUUACCCACUCAUGAUUUCUCCAGCUUUUGUGUUGUCGCAGCUCUGUGAACAGGCUGCUGCUCCUCCUCACCACUUGUGUCUGAAAAGCUGGUAAACAUUAACUGGGAGUGCGGGUAGAGCCACAGAUUUGCUGUCUGGAGCCCUCAAGAGACUGCAGAGGUGGGGACUUGUGGUACUUCAAGAGGCCCUUCCCUCAGAAAAAGGGGGAAAAGGAAAAGCCUGGAUCAUUCGGGCGUCCUCAUCCCUCCCACCCCCUCUGCCUGCUGCGAGAGGACUGGGAACGCUGAAUUACCUUGGGGGUCUGGGGAACACCUUGCUGAAUUUCACAGUCUGGGGUGCUGAAGGGUCCCUCUGUGCCCCCCAGUCUGCGCAGCCGGGUCUCUUUGCCACCGGUUCGGUGAGAUCCCGGUUCUUCCUUUACCAGCAAGGAAACCAGCAGCUGCUUCUGGAAUCAGCCCGUCCUGCUGUUGUGGCCCAGGCUUGUGGGGUGAACCUGCGCCCCGCAGCUCUGUCCCCGUGGUUCUGCGCUGCCAGGCGUCCGUUUUCAUCCCCACCAUGAACCCCCUGAGCCGUUACUCAUGCAAAACCUCCUGAUCACCUGGGCAAAUAGAGAGGCUGCUGUUUACCAAGCUGAGCAGCCUACCUGCAUGUGAGAGGCUGGAACAAGGCUGCAGAGAGGGGAACGCUGGCACAGGUGAAUAAUGACCAGCCAAGAACGUGGCACUUCCACUUCUGGGCUACGUUGUCAUCUCAGAAUCUUCCGGAGCUGUGAGAUAAAGAAGAAUCUGUGAGAAUUUUCCUCCUGCCAUGGGUGGAAGCGCCUCCGAGUUCUGGAAAAUACCUGAGCAAAAGGAGAGGGAAGGCAAACGGAUCUUGCCCAAGCAGCUGGAUGCUGAAGACGAAAUCGCCGGUUACGCCAGCAUCGGUGACCCCGCGACGUCCCGCGUGCCCUGUGCGGGCGCUGCACGUCGGCGCUGCGUCAACUGCCCAACGUGUCAGGGGACAGGGAGGAUCCCCAGGGAGCAAGAGAGGCAGCUGGUGGCUCUGAUUCCAUACGGUGACCAGAGGCUGAAGCCCAGACGAACGAAGCUCUACGUGUGUCUUGCUGUGACGAUCUGCCUGCUGACAGCGUCCCUCAGUAUCUUCUUCCUGUUCCCUCGCUCCAUCCCCGUGCUGCCCGCAGGGCUGAACGCCUCCUCCGUUGGUUUUAAUGCCGCCAGCACCAGCGUGUACCUCAACCUGACGAACGUGCUGAACAUAACUAAUAACAACUUCUACUGGGUCACGGUUGUGCAGCUGGACGUAGAGGUUUUGCACCAGUCCCUGGUGAUCGGGAAGACCACCAUGAACACCCUGCUGAAAAUGAGCCCCUUGCAGAGCGGCCAGAUCUAUUAUACAGUGGCCAGUACGAUAUUGGACAGCAACACCUAUAACAUUUGCACCUGGGCAAAAGUCAAAGUUCACAACGUUCUGCUGCAUGUACAGGGUACCCUGACGUGCACGUACCUGUGUCACUCGGAGCAGGUGCUGUUUGAAGAUUACCAGUACGUGGACUGCCGGGGGAACGCCACGCUGCCCCCCACGCCGCCCUGAGGGGACGGCUGGCAGAGCCGCCCCAAAGACAGGGCACGGGGGGACAACCUUCUGGGGCUUGUUCUCAAUCUGCCUUAAACAGGAGACUCAGUGUUUCAUGGUCAGACUUUACAUCUCUCAUGCGAAACUUGGGCUCUGUUGCCCUCGGAUUGCAGCUAUUUUCACCUACUCGUUUUGGUUGGAAAAGAGCCUCGGGAUCAUCAGGAGCAACCAUUAACACGAUGCUGGCGCUAAUCCGUGUCUCAGAACCUCAGCUCUGUGAGGGUUUUUGUAUUUGCCACUUCGGUGAUUCUGCUCUGCGCUCCCCAGCUGUUGAGUUUCCAGCUGUGCCUCUCUGCUGCUGUUAUCCACUUGUUCACAAAUAAAGGGACUUUAUGCAACCAGA